CCCACGUGACCUCCCCCGCCCACGUGACCGUGCGCAGGUGGCUGGGAAAGUGACGGCAAGAUGGCGGCCGCCAUGGCGUGGCUGCGGCGGGGAGCGUGGGGCUCGGCUCGGCGGUGCGGGCUGGCGGGCGGGCGGCAGUACAGCGGCAGUGGCGGGACGUACCCUGCGGUGUCACUGACCUGCCCGCUGCCUGGAGUGCCUCAGGCGGUCUUCGCGGCAGCUGGGGGCCGUGAACAGUUUGAGACACGGAUGACGGUGCUGGAGAACGGGCUGCGCGUCGCCUCUCAGAAGAAAUUUGGGCAGUUUUGCACCGUAGGCCUUUUGAUCCAUUCGGGAUCAAGACACGAAGCAAAAUACCUCAGCGGCAUCGCUCACUUCUUGGAAAAGCUGGCCUUCUCUUCCACAGCAAAGUUUGGCAGCAAAGAUGAAAUUCUCCUCACCUUAGAAAAGCACGGGGGCAUUUGUGACUGCCAGGCGUCAAGGGACACCAUAAUGUACGCUGUUUCUGCUGAUGCGAGAGGCUUGGACACGGUGGUCAACUUGCUGGCGGAGGUAGCGCUACAGCCCAGGUUAUCAGAUGAAGAAAUUGAGAUGACUCGAAUGGCCAUACGAUUUGAGCUGGAAGACUUGAAUAUGCGACCUGAUCCAGAGCCUCUCCUCACAGAAAUGAUCCACGCGGCAGCCUACAGAGGAAACACAGUGGGGCUAAACAGGUUCUGCCCAGUGGAAAACACUGAGAAAAUUGAUCGAGAAGUCCUGCAUUCAUACCUGCGCAACUACUAUACACCAGACAGGAUGGUGCUUGCCGGGGUGGGAAUUGAGCAUGAGCAGUUAGUGGAAUGUGCAAAGAAAUACCUGCUUGGAGUGGAGCCGGUGUGGGGCAGCGGAAAGACCAAGGAUGUGGAUAGAUCUGUGGCUCAGUACACAGGAGGCAUUGUCAAGGUUGAAAAAGAUAUGUCCGAUGUGAGUCUGGGCCCUACUCCCAUCCCAGAGCUUACCCACAUCAUGAUCGGGUUAGAAAGUUGCUCAUUUUUAGAGGAAGAUUUCAUUCCCUUUGCAGUAUUAAACAUGAUGAUGGGAGGUGGGGGCUCUUUCUCAGCUGGAGGGCCUGGCAAGGGCAUGUUCACCCGACUGUAUCUCAACGUGCUCAACAGGCACCACUGGAUGUAUAAUGCAACCUCUUAUCACCACAGUUAUGAGGAUACAGGUCUUCUGUGCAUACAUGCCAGUGCAGAUCCAAAACAGGUCCGAGAGAUGGUGGAGAUCAUCACAAGAGAAUUCAUUCUAAUGGCAGGAGCCGUGGGAGAGGUAGAACUCGAGCGAGCGAAGACGCAGCUGAAGUCCAUGCUCAUGAUGAACCUUGAGUCUCGGCCAGUUAUCUUUGAAGAUGUGGGAAGGCAGGUGUUGGCAACAAACACGAGGAAGCUACCUGAUGAGCUCUGUGCCCUGAUCAGUCAGGUGAAAUCUGCUGAUAUCAAGAGAGUGGUCACAAAGAUGCUUCAUAAAAAACCAGCUGUGGCUGCACUGGGUGACUUAACAGAUUUGCCCACUUACGAACACAUCCAGGCAGCGCUUUCCAGUAAGGACGGGCGCCUCCCUCGGAUGUACCGGCUCUUUCGAUAAAGCAGUGCACCCUGCACGCAUGUGACAGACUCAUUUCUUUUUUAACGUUUUUGAGAUGAUAAUAUUGCUGUAAGCCCUUCCCCCCAUCUUUCCAACCAUACUGUGCAAACGCGGAGCUGCGCUGCAGCCGCACAAAGCUGCUUCACAACACUGGACAGUGAUGUGCAUCACGCUGGGCUCCAAGGCCCACCCUGGCUCUGCAUGAGUACUUUUGAUCCUCUGCGCAGGUUACAAGAGAAGAUAGGUGUAAGCAGCCUCCUCUUGGCCCUGGGAGAACAGAGCAAGCCCAGAUAUUCAUCACAACAACUGAAAGUGUGUACCUGAGUGCUGUUAACACUUAGUCGCAUCAGUAGAAGUGGGGCUGUCACGCUGGAGGCCCCUCUGUGUGCCCCUCUUUGAGAACCUGGCGGUGUUUUGAAGCUUGGCUUACAUACCUGAACUCAAAGAACAUUUGCAGCUGUUAACCAAGGUGAACAAAGACUUGGUUUAUCUGAAUUAGGAAAACACUA